CCCAGUCCUAGCUCGUUCUGAUCCCGAAGUACCGGAGCAAAGCUAUGAACGAGGCUAAGAAGAAGAAGACAGAAACCUACGUUGUAGUAUCUAGAGAUGGUUCGAUGUCAGCUCUGGGAGCAUUUUUUGUUUAUUUGAUUAGUGGGUUGUUUCUGGGCGUUGGAUUCUGGGUUGCCCGGAACAAAUUUGCCGUCGAUCUCGUGUCUGAUCCAUCUCUCACUCUGUUUCUCCUCUGGAGCAUUGAGUUUCCGGUUGUGGCAAUCGUCUACAGCUUUUUACGAAAAGCCCCAGAGAAAUGUUCGUGGUCUAAAGCUGUUGGGAGAAGCAUAUUAGGACUCAUUUCCGGGGCUUUCAUGAAUGCUUUGGGAGCAAUUGCUUUGGGUGCACCUGUUGGGAUGCAAUAUCUACCAAAAACAAUUCACUGGUCCUUUCUAAUGUCUGUUUUCACGUUCUUACCAGCAACUGCAGUUUUUGGUGCGUCGUGGACAGAUUGGCAUCGUGCAUUCGCUUCGAUGAAACCAAUUGGAAAUAUAGAGUAUAUGAUUGUUAUUCCAGCGUAUGGAGCAACUGUUGGAGGAUGGUUUGGAGCUUGGCCUAUGCCGCUCGACUGGGAAAGGCCAUGGCAGGAGUGGCCUAUAUGUGUGUGUUAUGGAGCUAUAGGAGGCUGCAUUGUUGGACAAAUCCUCUCCUUGAGUUUGAUGUUCUUGUUUAGGAAACACAAGAAUUUGAAGGUGGCCUAGAAGAGAUUCAUUGUGUCUGGAUCUUCAGAACGAGUUUCGUUUUUGACUUGAUUGCUAGCCAGAUUGAGAUACAACAAUAGGGCAGUAGGGAAACGUUUUUCUUUUGGUUUGCUUGAACAAACGCUUUGUUAUUUUCCACAUAGAGAAGCAAGCAAAUGUUUCAGAUUUGCAACAUUCUAAAGUCAGCGAUCGCAGUUUAUGUG